AUGACUUUUCAGCAGUGGACACCAGCUUUCUGCUUGUUACUAGCCUCAGACACUUGCAGGACAUUCGGCAGUGGUGUCCUCGAGCCUUUCAGUGGGUUAGGUUUUUAUGUGCGGUCCAAUUGCCCCUUCACUCUCACCCGCUUCACCCACAACCGGGUUGAAUGUGACAUCACCGUACAACGAGGGAACAGCGGGCUGCUGGUCCAAGUGGAGAUCAUCAUCAACAAAGUCAGCACUGUUCUUCAGAAUGGAAUCAUCCUGGUGGAGAAGAAAAGUGUUUCACUUCCAUACGACCACACCUAUCAGCAUAUUUUCCAGUAUGGCAUCUACACUAGACUAAGGAGCUCUUUGCUUCCUCUGUCUAUAACCUGGCACAGUGUACCUGGAGGAAUAGACACACUUUGGGUGGAGCUAGAGCAGGAGCUGAGCACUGACAUGACUGGACUGUGUGGAAAACACAAUGUAACGGGUAAUGAGCAGCAGCUGAUUACAGAGAGCGUGAUAGCUGACAGCACAUGCCAAACUCAAGAUCCUCCCUUUGUUCCUAAUCCAACAUGCAAGCUAUUCUUCUCAUACACCUUGGAUUGUCUGCAGUCAAGUUGGCCUAAUUACUUCCAACUCUGUCACAAGAACCUUUAUAACUAUGAGAAAAGCAAAUACAUUGGCUGUGCUUUCUUCAAAGAGAUUGCUCUGCAUUGCGGGAAAAACAGUACUGUCUGGGACAACUGGAGAUCUCUAACCCAGUGUGCUUAUCCGACUUGUCCUGGAGACCUCAUUUAUCAGGAACAGGGUGUUGCCUUUGUUCCUAGCUGCUCCAAACCAAACCCCCAAUUUUCCAGUCAGGAUAUUACCAGCUCCUGUGUCUGCCCAAAGGGAGAAGUGCUUAAUGAUCAAUCAGAUGGAUUCCACUGCAUAAAUCUGACCAGCUGCCCAUGUGUGUUCACUGGGAGGACCUAUUCAACUGGAGAUGUACGUAACACCAAGUGUCAGUCAUGUUUAUGUGAGGGUGGGAAGUGGCGUUGCUCCAAAAACCUGUGUCCAACAAAAUGUAUAAUUGAAGGGCAGUUUGUGACAACAUUUGAUGGCAAGCAAUACACUGUCCCGGGUAAAUGUGCAUAUGCAGCAUUACAGGGCCUUAACUGGAUGGUGAUAAUUCAGUAUUCUGAAAAGGAUGCGUCAUUGAAAAAAGUUGUGCUCCAGCACUUCCAGGACGUUUAUACAUUUACGAACAACAUGGUUACAUUUGGAGACCAAGAGAUUACUGAAUUUCAUAAGUCUGAUGACGCCCAGGUUUUCUGGCAGUCCUCCGUGUAUGUUCAAGUCAAGACAUCCUCUGACAUUAAGCUCCAAAUCCAGAUGUCUCCUGAAAUUCAGCUUUACAUCUCUGCUCCUGCAAAUCACAUGAUUACAGGUCUUUGUGGCAACAGUAACGGUGACAGCACAGACGACUUCACCAGUAGCGGUGGGAUCGUCGAGAACUCAGCUGAGCCUUUUGCGUUGUCGUGGAGUCUGGGCACUUGUACAGGGAACAUACCCAACACAUGCAUCAACACUCACAAUGAAAUAUUUGCUGAUGAAAAGUGCUCUAUAUUGAACAAGCCAACUGGGACAUUUUCUAAGUGCCAUGGACAUUUGCCACCUGAUCAAUAUCACGCGGCUUGUAUCCAACGAACCUGUAACUGUGGCAGCAAUAUAGAGACGUGCUUGUGCGUUGCUUUAGACAACUAUGCCAAAGCUUGUGCCAGUCUUGGAGUUUUAGUUGGUGACUGGAGGAAAGCUACCAACUGCACUCUCAGUUGUCCAAAAAACCAAGAGUUCUUCUACGACAUUCGGGCUUGCAAUCGUACAUGCCGCUCCCUCUCUGGAACUGAUCCUUUCUGCAGCUUGAACGAUGGUCCCGUGGAGGGCUGUGGCUGCCCAGAAGGAACAUACCUGAACCAAGAAAACACAUGCACUCUAAAAGCAGACUGUGUGUGCCAUCACCAUGGUGGCAUAACGCUACCAGGUCCCACUGUCAUUGAAGGACGAGAAUGCCUCUGUGAGAAUGGCCAACUGACGUGUUCUAAGGAUUGCGGCUGCAAAAAUGGUACAGUUUGUGUGCACUGUUCAGAGAAUUUGGUUAACACCGCUCAGAAAACGUGCAACAGUCUCAACAAACCACUGGGUGCCAACAUGACCUGUAAGAGUGGCUGUUACUGCCCAGAUGAUAAAUAUGAAGAUCACCAUGGAAACUGUGUUUCUAGGGACAAUUGCACCUGCGUGUACAGUGGUAAAGUCUUCAGUGCAGGACAGCAUGUCAGAACCAGCUGUAAAAAAUGUGUCUGUGGUCGGGGUCAGUGGGACUGCACAGAUGAACCAUGUCAAGGAACAUGCCAAGUUUAUGGAAAUGGACAUUAUCAGACCUUUGACUCUAAAUGGUAUCGAUUUAGUGGACACUGCCAGUACACGCUAGUAGAGGAUUACUGUGGAAAUACAAAUGGCACAUUUUCUGUCAGAGCGGAAAGUGUACCCUGCUGUGAUGAGGCACUCACCUGCUCUCGAUCAAUUGUCUUGGACCUUCAGGGAAAAGUCAUCCUGACAUUGAGUGACAUGAAGGUGACCAAACAGCUACAACAAGAAUCUACAAUGCAGGAAAAUUCUCUUUACAGUAUUGACACUGUGGGACUUUAUAUCAUAGUGUCAGUGCCAAGCAGCGGGAUAACUCUCAUUUGGGACAAACACACACGGCUCACCAUAAAGCUGCAUGAAAACUGGAGGUACAAAGUUUGCGGCCUGUGUGGGAAUUUUGACUCCAAUGAAAUAAAUGACCUGCAGAUAAGUGGCUCAGCAGUGGCGUCCAGUCCGAUGGCCUUUGGCAACAGCUGGAAGACAGCCACUCCUCCUUGUUCUGAUGUGACCACUGAUAUAUUUCCAUGUGAUCGCAACUCCUACUGCUCAGCCUGGGCCCAGCGGCGCUGUAUGAUUGUUAAAGGAGACACUUUCAAAGACUGUCACUUGAAAGUUGACCCAAAUCCUUACUACCAGGCCUGCCUACUUGAGUCGUGCUCCUGUGAGUUUGAAGGGAAGUUCUUGGGUUUUUGCACAGCAGUGGCAGCUUAUGCAGAGGCCUGCAAUGAUCAAGAUGUCUGCAUUAAUUGGAGGACACCUGAUUUGUGUCCAAUUUACUGUGACUACUACAACAAGCCUGGCCAAACCAUUUGGCAUUAUGAGGGCUGUGGUAAGAUCCAAACCUGUGGCAAAGAACACUACUUUACUAACAAGCUAGAAGGCUGUUAUCCUAAAUGUCCAAAGGAGACACCAUACUAUGAUGAAAAUACAGAAGAAUGCACAACACUGAGGAAAUGCUCUUGCUAUUUCAAUGACACUAUGGUUCAACCUGGAGAAAUGGUCAUGAUAAACUCUUUUGAGUGUUUCCAGUGGAACUCUGUCAACAACACUUGCUACUACCUCUACACCAACAACUGGAGAAAUGUCAAGUAUCACUGA